UCCAGUAUGGCGGCGCUUGUUGCGGAGGAGGGCAACUUACUAUAAAUUGCCCGUCAUUUAACACAGAUAGUUUGGAGUGCUUUAUUUACUUCGUUGGGGUCUUCAUUUGGACCGGCGGGGACGGACUUCGGUGAAAACCCGUAAACUAGCCCGAGUUUUGUGGGGGGGAAAGAGGAGAUUUAAGAACAGAAACGCUGCUGUUGCGACGGAGAGUCGAUUCCGAGUCUAUUAGCACAGGCUGCUUGCUAAGCUAGCGCUAAAGCUAGAACGCGGCUAGCUAACGGGAUAGCCGCGCGGAUUUGAGUGAGUAUCUCAAGGAUUAAGUAGUUCACGACUUGUAGUGUGACGGCUGGGACAACACACUAAGUACGUUAUUUAGGAACGUAGGAUUGUUAACGCUGAACUUUACUACCUCACAGGCUCAGCUCUGUUUAAUCGAGUUAACUACUUUCCAAACGCUAGCGCUCUCGUGCGCUUAGCUUAGCUAACAUGCCUACCAAACACUUCAUUCUGUAUGCGUGGCCUGGUUGAGCAUUUAAAUCUGUCCCUGGUAGUCGUGAAUCUGUUUAGAGGCUGGUUUGUGUGUGUGUUUAUAUCAGAGCAGAGAUAGUAACCUCAUCGCUUGGCCUUCAAAUCGUGCUUAUGAAUCAUUUUUAGUGAAAACGAACCGACUCGCGAACCGAGCCAACAGGUUUACCAGGCGCGAGACGCCUCACGUUUAUUUAACAGGCUUAUCAGGUUGUUUUUAGGGGGUUCAUGUUGAGAUUUCCGAAGAAGCUGGGAUCGUGUACGGAUCGUGAGUGUUGCUGUGAUGUUUGUAAGUUGGUUAGAUUAACGUUUUCAUGCUUAAAGGCGAUGCAAAGUUUGGAUUUCGUUUGACAUCAUGGUGGAUUUGGAAAUCGGGAUUGCAAGAAGAAGGAGGCUCGUAGAGGACAUUAUGUAGUCGGUUUAUUUGGAAACGCCGCCAGUUUUUCUGCACCGCUUAUUAUUUUUAUAGUUUGUAUCUAUAUAUAUAUAUAUAUAUUUAUGUGUAUAUAUGAUGCACAAUUAUUUGGGAUCCGCGAGCAAAACGCGACGUCGGCUCCUUUAUUCUUAAAUAAUAAUAAUUAAAAAAAAAACCUAGACAGUAGUGUCAGAUCAGAAGGUGUGUCACUCUGGAUCAAGAAGCCCUGCCUUUCUCCUCUGGUUGGAGUAAUACACUGAAGUCGUCAUCAAUGCCUUCGGCGCUGGCUGUGUUCACCUGCCGCCCGAACUCGCACCCGUUUCAGGAGCGUCACGUCUACCUGGACGAGCCGGUGAAGAUCGGGCGCUCGGUCGCGCGCUGCCGCCCGGCCCAGAACAACGCCACCUUCGACUGCAAGGUGCUCUCCAGGAACCAUGCCCUCGUCUGGUUCGACCACAAGACAGGCAAGUUUUAUCUCCAGGACACCAAGAGCAGCAAUGGGACCUUCAUCAACAGCCAGCGGCUGAGCCGGGGCUCCGAGGAGAGUCCCCCGUGCGAGGUGCUCUCCGGCGACAUCAUCCAGUUUGGCGUGGAUGUCACAGAGAACACACGCAAAGUCACGCAUGGCUGCAUAGUGUCGUCCAUCAAACUCUUCCUUCCAGAUGGCAUGGAAGCACGACGGCGAUCAGAUGUCAUUCAAGCACCACUACCACUACCUGUUGAUAAGGUUGCCGCAAAUACGCCCAGUAUGUACUCUCAGGAACUGUUUCAGCUGUCCCAGUACCUGCAGGAGGCCUUACACAGGGAGCAGAUGCUGGAGCAGAAGUUAGCUACGCUGCAGAGGCUCCUGGCCAGCACACAGGAGGCCUCUGAGAGCAGCUGGCAGGCUUUAAUAGACGAAGACCGGUUACUCUCAAGAUUGGAGGUGAUGGGGAACCAGUUGCAGGCGUAUUCAAAAAACCAAACGGAGGACGGUAUCCGAAAGGAGCUUGUCGCCUUAACGGAGGACAAACUCAAUUACGAGACUACAGCCAAAGAGUCCCUGAGGCGGGUACUUCAGGAGAAAAUCGAGGUGGUUCGGAAGCUGUCCGAAGUGGAGCGGACUCUCAGUAACACAGAAGAUGAAUGUACGCACCUGAAGGAGAUGAACGAGCGAACUCAGGAGGAGCUGAGAGAGCUGGCCAACAAGUACAACGGAGCUGUGAACGAAAUUAAGGAUCUCACUGACAAGAUCAAGCUGGCUGAAGGCAAGCAAGAGGAGCUCACGCAAAAAGGCCAGAACGAAAAGAAGGAGCUGCAGCUGCGAAUCGAGGAGAUGGAAGAGAAAGAGCAAGCACUUCAAGCUCGGAUCGAGGCACUACAGGCAGACAACGACUUCACCAAUGAGAGGCUCACAGCUCUUCAAGUCCGGUUAGAGCAACUACAGGAGAAAAGCAUAAAGGAAAACAACAGUUUAGACCACUUUCUUUUAAAGAGUGGAGGGGACUGCACUUUAAUCCAACAGUUCAUUGAGUGCCAGCCCGUGAAGCAGCUGAAAGGAGCCGUGGAUUCUUCCAUUCACAAACUGUCCAACUUUGACGAGGUCAUAGAUGCACAUCUUCAGAACAACCAAGCAGAUGACAACAGUUUCACCAGUCCAGAGAAACUUAAAGUGGUGUCUUCCAACCUGCCCACAGAAAAUCAGAUAGAUGCUAAAGAGUCUGAUAUGUCAGACACACUGAGCCCCAGCAAGGACAAAAGCAGUGACGAUACCUCAGACGGCCAAAUGGACGAACAGGAGCUGAAUGAACCACAAAACCGAGUUGCCCUGCUUAAAGAUGAGCUGCAGAGGGCCAACCUUGUCCCUGGAGACACGGAGCAGGUCAUCCACCAGUUGCGUAGCGAGCUACUGGAGGCACAGGAGCUCGCCAACACUGGCAAGCAGAAAUGUCUCGAGCUACAAGCUCUGCUUGAAGAGGAGAGGAGAACCAACAGGCAGCAGACUGAGGAAUCAUCUAAACAGAUCCAGUACCUGCAGAGCCAGCUCGCCAAGCUACAGUCAGACAUGGAGGCCCUGCGCGAGCAGAGAGAGAACACCAUCUCCAAUACCCGGGAGGAACUCUACAGCGCCCAGGAGGAGGUGCUCGUGCUCCGCCAUGCCAUGGAAGCGGCCACAGCAGAAAGGGAGCGCGACAUCGCUGCCCUGCAGGGAGACCUCAUCACCGUCACGGCUGAACUCGACAAGUGGAGAAAAGCAGCGUCCAACUAUGAGCUAGAGAUCAGCACCCUGCAGGAGAACUUCAAGCUGCAGAGCCAGCACCAGGAGCGAGCCUUACAGCUACAAGGGGAGCUGGAUAAGUUGCAGGCCGAGUGCUCAACCCUGCAUAGAGAGUGCGAGUCUCUGCGCUCGGAGAAAGUAACUCUGCUGGAGAAACUGCACAGGCUGGAGGUGGAGCUCAGCAGCUCCAGAGAGCAGAGCGCAACUCUCAGUAGCAACCUGAACGCCCUGGAGAAGAGCCAGGGUGACCUGGAGAACAAACUGGGUUCCAUGCAGGACCGGCACCAGCAGGACGCCAGCAGGCUGAAGGUGGAGCUCGCUCAGGCCGAGAACCGCACCAAGAACCUGCAGAAAGAGUAUGAGGACACUCAGAGCCAGCUGUCGGACCUGCGGCAGAGGUAUGAGCAGACCGAGCAGGAGAAGCGCUCCAUUAAUGAAGAGCUUGACCAGUGCAAGGUCAAUCUGAAGCUGCUGCAGGAGCAGGGCAAGAAUCCAUCCAUAUUGCAGCCUGUCCAAGCCAUUUUCAUCGGCCUUAUCCUGGCUUUGCUGUAUUGGUGCUUCGGCCAAAUGUGGUAGAAAGAGCGGUUGGAUGCCCUGGAUGCCGGUGGUCGCCGUCAUGGUCGCCGUGACGGCAGUGGUGCUGUAUCCCAGCCUAUCCAAGAGCUCGUCCUGAGGCAGAUAACCAAUCACAACGCAGCACAGCUCACACUGUCACCCCAAUGUCAUGUUUUAAUCCUGAGGCCUAUUCUAGACUCAUUACCUCGGAAUGUGAGAAUGCAGCACCAGGGUCUCCAGCGUGUCUGUAUAAAGUGCAAAUGUACAUAUUAUAGAAAAAGAGGGGGUAUAAAUGGUCUAACUUCUGCUAUAGAUUAAAUAAAUAUAUAUGCUUUUUUUCAGUUAGAUGGGAAUCUUGAUAAUUAAAGUGGCCUAAACUAGGCUCUCCCUCGCCCCCCCCACCCCCCCUUUUCUUCCUCAUGGGUACCAAAUGUUUUCUGUUCACGUUUUUUUUUUUUUUGUGUGUGGUUUGCCAUGUUAGAUGUUAAUGUGGUAUUCCGAAUAGAUGCAAAGCCAAAUUAUAAUCUUAAAAGAUUGGGCACAAAGAGGUGAAGUGCCUGAUUUUAACUACUACUAGAUACGUGUAAACACUUACACGCGUGCGCGCAGACACAUUUUUGUCCUCAGUGAAGUGCCACUCAUGCUCCACUAAUGCGGUGUUUCAUUCGGUCGAAACGUCUGGAAAUUGUUCAGUCCUGUAUGCUGUGAUUUGUGCGUUCCAACCGACCUGUUAUACCAACAAGCAGCACAGUAAGGUCAUUGUACUCUAGCGUAGUUUUUUUUGUAUUGUGUACUUAAAAGGAUAUAAUCUCGAGAGACACUACAGGACUUUUGUGUGAGGUGGUGAAGAACAUGGACUUGGGUAUAUUGUAGCUUUUAAGAACACACUGUCCUGCCAUUAGGACUUGGUGGGACUCUCUCGCGCUCUCUCUCUCUCGCUCUCUCUCUCGCUCUCUCUCUCGCUCUCUCUCUCUCUCUCUCUUUCCCCCCGUUUUGAACAUUCAGGCUCGUCAUUGAGCGCUGCAGUUCCUUGAUCAACAUAUACAUACCGUUUUUCAGUACCUCCUGAACAAGGCUCUGAGAUCUCGCUGCCUUAUCUGUAACACGGAGAUCUAGCUCUUCUUUUAGAACGAAUCGGUAAAGUCUUUAAAGUGAGGGGGGUUUUUGCUUUGUUUAAAUGUCUCUUUAACUGAAGCACAGUACUACGGAAUGGAUUUCUUUACGGUGUAAUGAACAGGUUAACGGGAAUAAUUUAAAUGGUCAAACUUGGGAGUUGGAAUUGAGCAGUGUAUGUGCUGGAGAGAAAUAACCAAUGAUUUAAAAUGGUGUUGGUUCACGUUUUGUCUGCUGCGCUGUAAAUAAACUCUCGGUCAUGGAGCAAAUGGCCUAACGUUCCACCUUGUCAAUAAAUGUCCUUUUUAUUUUAUUUUUGAACUGCAAAACUAACUAAAAUCAUCUAUGGGAAUUUAAAAAACAAAACAAAAAAAAACAAACAAAUGCAAAGCAUGGUGUAGCACAGAGAGGUUCACUCUGCAAGUUCCCCAAAGCAUCAAAAGUCAUCUCUGAGCACUUUGUCUUUGAGAACUUUUCAUUUUUAUUUUUAUUUUUCAAGUUUCAUAUCAGACUUUAAAAGCUCUUCCUUCACACACAACUAAGGCACGAUAAGAACGUCUGACCUUGGCAUUGUUUGUAAAUAUGUAUGUACGAAUGUACGUGUGUAAAUGUAUAUAAUAUUCACAAAUAAAGUUGAAUAUCAGUGGCACUGAU